UUCACUUUCUCACUUUCUACCUGCAGCCAGAGUGCGAAAAGACCCUCGCGAGAGCUGAGGCUGAGGCAAGGGACGGUGACGGUGCAAUCAAUGCCAAUGCCAUGCCAAUGCAUUGCCCAUGGAGUACAGUCCAAUACCAUGGCACGUCGCUGGGUGGACCGUUGCAGUGGCUGAUCUGACAGUGCAUCUGCAUGUCUGUCCGUGAGGUAUGCAAGGGAUGGUUCCCUCUUCAAUGUUUCAACGGUGAGUGAUGAUGAUGGUUCUCCCUUAUCAUGACUAUCUAUGAGUCCGAGACCGCAAUCUCAUCAACUCCUACCUGUACAAAUAAUACCCUGUUGUCUCGUGCAUGAAAUUCUUCUGUCCAACACUAUCGACUUGCAUUCUCAAUAAAUACCAUCUCGGCAUCUUUAAGAGCCAGGAUAUCUGUCAGCCUUGCCAAUCGAGCUCCUAUCAUUAUCGAAUCGUCCGUGCUCUCACCCGCUCAAUCUCAACCCACCAAAUUAAUCCAAUACUGUACAUACCUACUUACAGUACACCAAAUCCAACCAUACUGUAUACCAACAAUCCCGUUCCGUCGGCAGCCACAAACAACAUAUUUGGGCAUUGGGUCCCAACCUUGAACUUGUACAAAAGGGCCAGAAGAAGAAACUCUUCCUCUCUGAUGCUGCCUCCUUUCCAAGUGACAGCCCACCAACACUUGCUGUCUCUUAGAAUGCCUUCUUCAUCUUCAAGUUCAACCUGUCGGACCAAAGCCGCCUUGUUCAAGGGCUUCCGACCUAACCUGAGCAACGCACAACAAAUCGCAAAGACGCAGCAGAUCUUGUCUUGGGCCUGUCCCAGUGUGAGCUCAUCAUCAUCUUCAUCAUCAUGCAUAUACUGCGACAUCUGGAAGCUGGCCACUUUGAUUGCGUCACACGUGCCGCUAUCUGCGCGAUACGAUCUGUUUACCGGAACACCUGUGAAUUCACCUGCCUCUUCUGCACCCUCGAGUCCGACGGCGAGCGAAGCGAGCCCGUUUCUUGCGGCUGCUGGUCAGACAAUGACAUUGACCCGGUCACGCUCAUUGCCUUAUGCCUAUCUGGUUGCUGCAUCUAAAAAAAUCGAGGCUCAGUUCCAAACCCAACGGUCUCAACUUAAUUCGAUACUUAGUAUCUGCACCGUCACGGGGGCCGAUCAGACUGAAGGCCUUAGAAUGGCGCAUGAUCGAUGCUCGGCUGCUGUGGAGGAUCUGCUUGAUCAAGAAGAGGAGCUUGAGGAGUCUCUGCUUCGAGACCUGGACCUGCAAGCAGCGGCGGAAGCUCAAAAUCAAGGGGUCGCGACUUGUGAUUAUGAUUACUGUUAUUGCGAUUACAGAAUCGGAUAUUCAGGUCACCCCCUCUCUCACCAGAGACGGCCGAGUGUGGUCAAUGUGGCCAUUUGAUGUGUAAUCUGACCGACGGAGUCACAGGCAUGAUUGUGUGGAGUUUUGGUGAAAUAUGCAGCGCCGCGAAUAUGAUGAAGUGUUUGUGUGUCUUCAGCGCCAUGGCGCAAAAGCAAGCGGUUUCUUUAGGGUUUGGUUUGGUAUGCGGUGUUUCUAGAGACAGGAUGGGAGGCAAAAAUUGCGUUGCGGCCAUUGUGUGAUGAAAUUUCCCACUCACGCGAAAAGGGGUCGUCGUUGGAAAUGGAGAGCAAACGGCAAAGAGACAACAUGAAUCAGGGAUUCAUCCUCCCAUGACUGUCAACUACUAUCGGGCAGCAGCCUGCUCGGAAGCACAGGUAGAGAAACCGGUAUAGUUCCUCUGGAAAAGGGCCGUCGGGGCACGAGGAAAAGUGGCUGUUGGAUUUCACGGAAGAAAGCCCGGCUAGGUAGAUGGAUGGAUCAUGACAUGAAUGACAUACAGUAUAAUGCACUGUACCAAUACGAUAUGAUAUGACGCCUAAUAUGCGGUACCUACCUAGAUAACAUGGUGAUUGAUUUUAUCAUCAUGGUCAAUCUGCCAUAAUAAGGCGACCACCCCGA